UAUGAAAUUAUUUCUUGUCAUACUUUCUUUUUCAACAUUUAAACAUGCAGUUUAUUCAUAUAUUCCUUCAGACAAUUUAUCAGAUAUUAAACAAAUUCUACAUAUUCAAGAUACAUAUAUUGAAUUAGCAUGGAAAUAUCUACUCUACAAAUAUAAUCAUGAACAAGCUGUUAAAUGUUUUUCUGAUUUGAUAAGAUGUACUUUUGUUAUUCAUGAUGCUAUAGUUAAAGCACAAGAUAUUCAAUGGUUUACAAAUGCAAUUGAUUCUAUUACUCAACAGAUCGAACAGACAUUGAUUCUUGAUGAAUAA